AUGGCAAAAAGCUUUUCAGUUGCCCUCCUGGUAGAAUUUUUAGGAAAUGAUUUCCUGUGUACCUUACCUAUGCGGACAAACUUUGGGACCUAUGCGGAAUAUCUUCAGCUCUUUGCCAUUUCUGCUCUUGAAGAUAAUGCAGAAGCACUGAAAGAAAAAAGUAUACAGUUGAGAAAGCAAAAUGAAGAAUUAGUAAAAGAAGUUGAUCACAUUCAAGAAGGUCGUUGCAGUGAUGUUGACAAAGUAGCCUAUCUUAAAUGGAUAAAUGCUUGCUUGCGGUAUGAGCUGAGGAACUAUCAGUCUACCCUAGGUGAAACAACUGCAAGGGAUCUCAGUAAAACGUUAAGCCCUGAAUCUAGUAACAAAGCCAAGCAACUAGUUGUUGAAUAUGCAGCUAAAGAAGACCAAGGGGACAGGGGAAUCCAUGUUUUGGAGCUUGAUUCUAACCAAUAUGUCUGUCGUAGAUACUGGAGCUAUUACGCCCCAGAGCAGAUCAAGAACACCAUCUGCAGACAAUUUAUAGAUUUCCAUUCAUUUGAUCUAGUCUCUACAACCAAUAAUAAAGGAGAAAGCAGAAACUACACGACACGUACAAGGAGAUAUAGUGAUGUGGGCUCAUUAGAUUAUAUGUCAAAACGUCUCGCUGAAUCACCUCAAGAAAAAAGAAAUAACCAUGACCAAGAAAAUGUUCAUAAAGCUGAGUUGGCGAAAUAUGCAGAAGUUUUGAAAGGAUCUCGCUCUAAAGAACAAGUUCGCAAGAGAUCAGCAUGUCAACUAGAGCUUCAUCUGUGA